CUCAUUACCUUCACUACGCUCCUCACGCUCGCCUCUGCCCAUUUCCGGCUACAGGAGCCGUACUGGCGAGGGGAUUCCUUUGCCUCCAAUCGUUCUCAAUGGACCUGGCCAUGCGCCGGUGUCUCUCAGGAGAACAGCACCACCAACCGGACCGCAUGGCCAUUGACCGGCGGCACCGUUCGUGCCAAUGUUAGCCACGAGUGGGCAUUCACUUACAUCAAUCUGGGCCUCGGUGAGGCGGUCACUUCUUUCAACGUCAGCCUCGUCGAAGGGUUCAACCAAACCGGCGCUGGGAUCUUUUGCAUCUCAGAAACCGGCCGCGAAGCCCUUGCGGGCCUGAACCUGACCGACGGCCAGCCUGCAUCCGUCCAAAUCAUCCAGAUUUCCCACAGUGGUGCCAGCUUGUACAAUUGCGCCGACAUCGUCUUCCGCACCGACGCAACCAUCGCCGGCGGCGACACUUGUCAGAACUCCACCGGUGUCGGCGGCGUUGAGCUCGCCAGCGUCGGCUCUGAGACCUGCAAGGGCGGUGCA